AUGGCCGGAGACAUGUCCCCGGCAGGCUGCAGCCCUCGGCUGCAGCUAGCUGGCAACGCGGCUGCCGAGGAAGCGACAGCGACCAGAGAAGAGCUACAGACGAUGCUCGAGCGCGCGAUGGACGAGGCGGAGGACGCGCGCCGGAAGUUCCUCAGCGCCCGGCGCGAGAUCGCCAUGCUGCGCCCGCUGGUGCACCACAGCCGCAAGGCGCUCGCGGCGCGCGCGGAGCACGACGCGGAGCUCGCCCUCGCGGAGCUGCGUGGCCUCGCGCACCGCAUGCAAGACUCCGAGUGCCACGGCUCCAAACUGCAAGUCGAGGGCGCGGAGGUGUACAAACUCGCGGCGACGCUCAAACUGCGGCUCGACGCCGCGGAGGACGACGUCACGCUCCUGCAGCGCAAGGAAAAGAUUCUCUCCGAGCGCAUCGUGCACCUCGACCGCGUCGCGGAGUCGCUGCGGACGGAUGUGUCCGCCCGCGAAAAGGCCAUCGGCGUUCUACAGCGUCGCGUCGCGCGCCUCGAGGACAAGGUCGCGGAGGAGCGCGAGGCCGCGAAGCUGCGGCUCGCGGAGGUCGAGGCGGAGCACGCGCAGGAGCUCGCGGCCGUGCGCGGCAGCGCCGAGCAGACCGCGCAGCAGGCGCAGCGCGCCGCGGACGCGCACCAGGCCGCACUGGGCGGCGCGCACGAGGCAGCGGUGCAGGCUCUGCGCGCCGAGUGGGCGCGCGAAGCGGCCCGGCUGCGCGAGGAGGGCGAGCGCGACGCGCAGCGGGCGCGCGCGGAGGCCGCAGCGCUGCAGGCGUCCCUGUCGGAGGCCACGCGGCGCGAGGGCGUGCUGCGGGAGCAGCUGGGGGCGCUGGAGGAGCGGCUGAGGGACCGCGAGGGGCUGUGCGAGUCCCUGCGGGGCGCGGCGCGGGACCACAAGGACGUCGCGGACCAGAAGAUCAAGGAACAGCUCGAGCUGUACCACGAAAAGGGCCAGCUUGCCGAGCAGCGGCUCAUGGAGCGCGUGCGGGACCUGGAGGACAGGCUGGCGUACGAGCGGCGCCUGCGGAGGGAGGCGGAGGAGCUGCGGCGGCAGCCCGGGGCGCGCGACGGAGCCUGCGGCGCGACGGAGCGUGCGGCGGAGCCGCCGGCGCCGAAGCACGGCGCGCAGGGUGCGGGGGCGGGCGCGGCGCGGGGGAGGGGGCGCGUGGAGGUGUCGGCUGACAGCGGGGAGCUGUCGCUCGAGUCAGGGUCGGACGGGGAGGAGGAGACGGCGCCGCGGAGGGCGCAACGGGGCCGCACGGCGCAGAAGGGCCGCGCGGGGAAGGCGAAGGACGCGGGCGGGGGGGCGAGAGCUGCACCGCGGGCGGCGGCGGAGGGCGGUGGCGAGGGGGCGCGGAAGGGGGCGGCGCGGGUCGAUAUUUCGAAGCCGUACAGUCCGCCGAAGGUGGCGGAUCUGGAGGACAGCGACAGCGACGGGGAGGCGGGGGGUGCUGACGUGGCACCUCCGAAGAAGGGGGCGCGCAAGCCGCGGGGAACGGCCACAGCUCCGAAGAAGGCGAGGGCGGCGACGAAGCGCGCCGAGGCCGCGCAGGUGGACCCGCGCGCGGCGACGUGGGGCGGCGACGAGCCCGCGGAGGCGCAGCGCCGCCGCGCAGCUGCCGCUGCCGUAGACGACACCGCGCAGGCGCCGCUGGUGCCGCCCGCUGCGCAGCCGCGCGCGGCUGCGGAGGCCGGCGUGCGCGAGCGGGCCGGGGCGGCGCCCGCGUCGGACGCGCGGGAAGGGGAGGACACCCCCUCGAAAACGAAGACUCCCCCCCCCAAAGAGAAGAAGAGGAAGGGCCUGUCGGAGGGGGGCGGCGCGGCGAACGCCGCGGGCGGCGAGGCCGCGCACGCGAAGAAGCGCAAGCUCGGAAAGGCGAACAGCGUCCGCGCGUCGGACGUGGGUUUGCCGGGCAAGGCUGCGCCGCCCGCAAACACCGCAGCGGCGAGUCUGUUCGCGGGCGGGUUCGCGAUCCCGAAGCUCGCGCGCCGGUAG